AAAAACUCGUGUUGCUGCACAUUUGUUGCUAUUGUUGUCGUAUUUUGCACUUGCGGUACAAUUUCGCAAUAAAUUACUUGAAUUUCAUGUGAGAGAUUUAAAACAAAAAAUAUACGAAAUGUCCGCUCGACGGCAACGUAUAAAGGCAGCUGCCAAUUUAAGUCAAAUCAAGCGAAAAGCACGCAAGGAAGAUGCGGCAGAUCCAGAGCCGCCAGCUGAGCCCGAACCACUCCCAAUUCCAAGUCCAAAACAGGAGCGUCCAGAGGAAGAUGUGAUAGAUGAGAUAGCAUUUAAAAUGCCAGCGACCAGCUGUGUCGGCCUGUUGGACGAUGUGUUUCAUUCGGAUAUCGAGGACAAUGUCAUACAGAUGGAUCUGCAGAAGACAACGAAUGGGUUUCCCAUGUCGCCCAGCAAGGCGCAGGCGCGUCAACGAGUGCGUCCCACUCCCGUGUUUGGUCAGCGUCGGAAUAGCUUUGUGGGCUCACCGCUGGCUGGAGAUUAUGAUGGGGACUAUCAAUCGCCGGGGACACCUACAAGACGUGAACGCUAUCUAAGUGGAUCCUCAAUGGGUGGAGGAGGAGGAGGUGGGACGCCACAACAGAUUCAAGCAUCUCCCAAAUACAUGGGCGGCGUUAUGAGUCCGGGAAUGGGACGCAUACGCACCGAGUCCAGUUGCUCUGUGUUCUCGGACAGUGGCGGGGGCAAGCAGCGCAAGGGGGCAGACGGGGAGAAGAGUCAGUCACUGGCGCAGCAACGCGUUAAUGCCAAACGUGACUUUGAGACGCGCUUCAACAAAGGAGUGCCCGAUAAGUCGACAUUUAAAAUGUUUGACAUGAUCUUUUACAAUCCCGAUAGCAAUCCCAUGGAGCAAAAGGCAUUGGUGACCACCAUCAAGGCUGAAGCCAAUGGCAGCAACAACAACUCCGAUGAGGCCAAACCCGCAACGUCCGAGCUGCUAGAAGCCAAAGCGGAGGAAGCAGCGGCAGCUAUGCCAGUUCCACAACUGAAGUUGGAUGCCAAUGGCGAGAUGAUAAUUGAUGAAAAAACAUUGGAGAUUGAGACGACAGCCGAGGUGGAGGCACGCAAAGUACUAGCCAACUCAUCGCUGAUUCUCAUGGAUGAAACUACUGGCGACAAUGGGUUCUACAAGCGGCACAAGCGCACUCCCACCUGGUCGGCGGAUGACACAGUGCGUUUCUAUCGUAGCCUGCAAAUCAUUGGCACCGAUUUCUCGCUCAUGUGCCAAAUGUUUCCCAAACGCACUCGUCGUGAUAUCAAACUCAAGUAUAAACGUGAGGAGCGCAUCAAUGGGCAGCUGAUUAACAAGGCGCUGCUUUAUCCAAAGGCAUUCAACAUACAGGAACUCAAGGAACAACUUCAGAAGGAGGACGAAGACCGUGCCGAGGCGGAUCGACAGUGGCAGACAAUUGAGUCGACUCAGGUCGCAAACUCCAAAAGGCGUUCCAAGUCGCAGGCUAGCAAGGCGGCUCGGGCUCUCAGCGAUGGCGACCUGAUCUAUGAGAACGAGCACGUAGUCAAGAAGAGGCUAGGCAAGCAGGCAUUGGCCAAGCGCAAUGCCGAACUGGAAAACGGGAAUGGAAAGCCUCCACCUAAGCGUAAACGUCGAACCGUGAAGCCCAAGAAGCCGGAGCAACAUUCAGAGGAGCAUCGUCAAGUACAACUACAAUUGCAAGAACUGGAGCAGCAGCUGGAACUGGAGCAAACUGGAACAACACCAGCAUAUCAUGAUAUUAAGAGAGAGAGAAUUAAGAAGGAAAUAUCGAACAAAGAGAAUGGAGAGCAACUGCAGCGAGAAUUAAAUUCACUGCUUGAAGAGGGACAGACUGAGGACGAUGAAAAGAAAUCUCUGCGUAAUAAUAUGGAUGAUGCCACGGUCAACUAUGUUAGCGACAUGGACACGGUCACAGAUAUGGAUAUAGACACUUUAUCGCAGGCGGACACAAUAUUUACAAUUGAUUUCAUUGGCGAUCCAUCUCCGAUAGCAUCGCCUAAAUCUGCGGCUGCUGUAAGCGAACACGAUAUCGAGCAAAUAUUAGCCGAGUUGGCGGAGGGAUCCAUGGUGUUGGUGUCCUCACUAGAUGCUGAUCACGAGGAUCGUGUUGUCAAUGAGAUUUACAUGUACGACAAACAGACUGGCGAACUCUGUGAGCAACCACUACAAAUACCUGAGCAUAUUGUUCAGUCUAUAUUGAAUGUUAUGAGUUAGUUUGCAAAUAUUCAUUUCCGUAAUUUAAUAACGCAUUUGAAUUAAGUAUUAGUUUUAUUUCAUAUUUGUUAAUAUGUAUUUUAUUAUGAGAAUAAAUAUUAUUUUAAAUUUAA